UGGGCCGGGUGCCCUGCUGAGUUGGGCUGGGUCAAGCUGUAGGAUCCCUGGGGCCUGUAGCAGCGCUGGGUAGAUGGAGGGAACUUGGAGGGGAGCCGGGAAGCCAGCGAAUGGCCUGGAGCUGAAAGGAAGGCCAGCGGGAUACCUCCGGCGGGCUAGCGUGGCCCAGCUGACCCAGGAGCUGGGCACCGCCUUCUUCCAGCAGCAGCAGCUGCCCGCAGCUAUGGCAGACACCUUCCUGGAACACCUCUGUCUCCUGGACAUCGACUCAGAGCCUGUGGCUGCUCGGAGCACCAGCAUCAUUGCCACCAUUGGGCCAGCAUCUCGCUCUGUGGAACGCCUCAAGGAGAUGAUCAAGGCCGGGAUGAACAUUGCUCGACUCAACUUCUCCCAUGGCUCUCAUGAGUACCAUGCAGAGUCCAUCGCCAACAUCCGAGAGGCGGCGGAGAGCUUUGCAACCUCUCCGCUCAGCUACAGGCCUGUGGCCAUCGCCCUGGACACCAAGGGACCUGAGAUACGCACCGGGAUCCUGCAGGGGGGCCCAGAGUCGGAGGUGGAGAUUGUGAAGGGCUCCCAGGUGCUGGUGACUGUGGACCCGGAGUUCCGGACACGGGGCGACGCACGCACAGUGUGGGUGGACUACCCCAAUAUCGCCCGGGUCGUGGCAGUGGGGGGCCGCAUCUACAUUGACGACGGCCUCAUCUCGUUAGUGGUGCGGAAAAUCGGCCCAGAGGGGCUGGUGACCGAAGUGGAACACGGUGGUGUCCUGGGCAGCAGGAAGGGUGUGAACUUGCCAAAUGCUGAGGUGGACCUGCCUGGGCUGUCUGAGCAGGAUCUCUUGGACCUGCGCUUCGGGGUGGAGCAUAAUGUGGACAUCAUCUUCGCCUCCUUUGUACGGAAAGCCAGCGACGUGGCUGCGGUCCGGGCUGCCCUGGGGCCGGAAGGACGGGGCAUCAAAAUUAUCAGCAAAAUUGAGAACCAUGAAGGCGUGAAGAAGUUUGACGAAAUUCUAGAAGUGAGCGAUGGCAUCAUGGUGGCACGUGGUGACCUGGGCAUUGAGAUCCCAGCUGAGAAGGUUUUCUUGGCUCAGAAGAUGAUGAUCGGACGCUGCAACCUGGCUGGGAAGCCAGUUGUUUGUGCCACACAGAUGCUAGAGAGCAUGAUCACUAAGGCUCGACCGACUCGGGCGGAGACAAGCGACGUGGCCAAUGCGGUGCUGGAUGGGGCUGACUGUAUCAUGUUGUCUGGGGAGACCGCCAAGGGCAGCUUCCCUGUGGAGGCUGUAAAGAUGCAACACGCGAUUGCCCGCGAGGCAGAGGCUGCCGUGUAUCACCGCCAGUUGUUUGAGGAGCUACGUCGGGCAGCGCCCCUGAGCCGUGACCCCACCGAGGUCACCGCGAUUGGAGCCGUGGAGGCGGCCUUCAAGUGCUGUGCCGCGGCCAUCAUUGUGCUAACCACGACUGGCCGCUCAGCUCAGCUCCUGUCUCGGUACCGACCUCGGGCGGCUGUCAUUGCUGUGACUCGUUCUGCCCAGGCUGCCCGACAGGUCCACCUGUCCCGAGGAGUCUUCCCCUUGCUCUACCGUGAGCCGCCAGAGGCCAUCUGGGCAGAUGAUGUGGACCGAAGGGUCCAAUUUGGCAUCGAAAGUGGAAAGCUCCGGGGCUUCCUCCGUGUCGGUGACCUGGUGAUUGUGGUGACAGGCUGGCGACCUGGCUCUGGCUAUACCAACAUCAUGCGGGUGCUGAGCAUACCCUGAAGGGCCUCUCCCCCUUCUGACCUAGUUGCACCCCAUUCCUUCCAACCUGCACCCCCUCCCACAGCCCCACAUCUGCCGUCUAGCCCCAUCCCUGUGCUUCACACAGGCCCUGAAUGUCUGUCCAGUUAUGCACCGGCCACCCGGCAGCAUCAAUCCCUACCUCAAUCCGCUCAGUGGAGUCUAAGAUGCCCUGAGCCUUUAAUCCCAGCCCAGCUGGUUAAUUCUGUUCCUCUAGGCUCCCGAUCACUAGAAUGGGGGGAGUGGAAACAGGGUGAUCUUGUCCAAUUUCCAUAGAACCAUUAUUUUAAAAACACUUCUGUUCUCUGAUGUGA